AUGGCAGAUCAAGAACAAGAAUUGGAGAGAGUAAGCUCAGAACUCGAAGACUUACGAGGAAACAUGGGUCAAGUCAUGGAGAUACUACAAGUCAUUAAGGCCAAGUUGGACACCCAAACGACGGUCGUUUCAGAAAUCAACGGUCCUACGAUUGAACCCCAACCUGCAAGGACAGUACCAACCACCUGGCCAGUCUAUGGUUUACCUCCCGGUUUCACACCUCCAACUGAAGGCGCCCCUGGUUUUUUUGAAGAUCAACAACAUGCUCCGGAUUUUUCGGACGAAGAUGAUGAAAGGCAUGAAGACAUAAGAGGGAUGAAAGAGAAUUUCCAGAUUCUUGAGAAAAGGUUAAGGGCUAUGGAAGGUGACCAAGUCUUUGGUGCUGCUGCUAAGGAGAUGUGCUUAGUGUCAGUGCAGUAUGUUCAACAACCGUAUGUGGCAGCAGUCACACCAAAUUUCAACCAGUCACAAGCUCCUGUUUAUCAACCUAUUCAACAAGCACCAGUAUACCAGCAAGCACCCAUGCCACCCGCUUAUCAACAGUCAAGGGAACAGGCUCCACGUCCACAAAAUCUUCCAAAUCAAAAUAGGGUACAAAGAGGUAGACUUUCGUUCUCUUCAAUCCCUAUGACGUACACUGAGUUGUACCCAUCGUUACUGCAGAAACGGUUGGUGACUCCCAGACCUUUGGGUCCUCCACCAAAUCCUUUACCUCCAUGGUACAAUCAAGAUGCCCAUUGUCUUUUCCAUGAGGGUGCCCCUGGGCAUGAUUUAGAGGGAUGUUAUGCUUUGAAGCAUAUUGUGCGAGAGCUGGUUAAGAAGAAGAUUCUUUCGUUUCGAGAUGUCGGACCCAACGUAAAAACAGUUAGGUUCCAGACCGACAUUUCAACAGAAGCUGCUAAAAAGCCUGAAGGAAAUGAAGCGUUUUUAGCUUAUCAGGCAGGGCGUCAAGGUGCAUUUGGGAGUAACAAUGUCCAACCACCCAAUGCUAUGCAACUACCCCAGCAGUCUCGAAAAUCCACCGAUUCAGCUCAGCUACAUGGUUCCAAUCAAGAUGCUCAGCUCAGAGGUCAAAAUAGUGAGCAGCAGCAAAUGCUAAAUCCUAGUAUACCCUGUGGAAGCAAACAAGUCUCAGAAAGAAAGCACACAGGAAAGAAAAAACAAAAAGUUCUGGAAAAUCCAUCAACAUCAUCAUCAAGAUUUCAAUGUUCUCCUAAUGAUACUAUGGUACUUCUCAAACUAGUGUCCUUCACUAGAAAGCCUCCACACUUGCAUUUGUUAAGGCUUCAUAGCGGUUUUGAAUGGCAAUGUCAACACCACAAAGGGGAAUACCUACAAAAAAGGAUAGAUCAAAGUCACUGUGUUAUCUUUUUUUUACGCUUUGAUGGAAGACAGCAACAAGAAGUUGGAAUGAAAAAGAACAUGUAA